CACAUCUUCACUCCUCCAACAGCUUACAAGCCAAAAGGUUAAGAACAUUAUAUUCAACGUCAAAAUGUCAAUGAAAGAAGAAGACCGCACAAGCAUGAAUAUGGUGGAAACACGCACAGUCGCACCAGCAAUGCAACCAGUGAUGAUGGUCCCUAAAGGACCGGCUAAUGCUGGACCCAUUGGUCUCAUGGGCUUCGGUAUGACUACUGUUUUGCUGAACUUCUACAAUGCUGGUAUCGCAGAAUCAGGUACCGUUGGACUCAUUGCGUGCUACGGUAUCUUUCACGGUGGACUCGCUCAGCUUCUGGCUGGCAUGUGGGAGAUUUCCGCCGGCAAGGUCUUCACCGGGACCGCUUUCACUACAUACGGUGCAUUCUGGCUGGGACUCGGUCUGUUCGACUUGCUUAUAGUAACCGGGCAUUUAGAGCCAGGAGACAUCAGUGAAGGCAAGUGUAUCUGGCUGUGCAUCUGGGGUGUCUUCACCUUUUUGAUGUUCCUUGGCACAUUCCGAGCCAAUCGAACUGUACAGUUUGUAUUCCUAUCGCUGUCUUUGUUGUUCUUCCUGCUUGCGGGUGGCGUGUACAACGAGGGAGUGCACAAGGCUGCGGGUGUGGUAGGUAUUGCCUGUGGUGCCUCAGCCAUGUAUCUGGGCUGGGCUGAGAUCAUGAAUGAGGUGUACCAGCGCGAGAUGAUCCCUAUUUUCAAAAUUAAAUGGGAGUAAAGAACUUAAAGAUUAGAUAUAUAACAAUCCAGAAGUAGAUAAUCGCAGGACGGCCUGUGGCUGCCGGCGACCUUGUAUGCCCACGAGGAGCGAGAAACUAAUACUAAUAUCAAAGUAUUUCAAGCAAUCAAGAAUAGGGAAUUAAAUAAAUACCAAUACAUAC